CGUGGAGCCAAUCGUGUUCGAAUGCGUACUGUGCUCGCAACCAAUCUGCGGUUCGUCGUCUCACCUCUCUGAGCCGCAGGAUAUGCCUGGUGAUGUCUACGGCCCAGGGGACAACUUCCUCAUCAACACGAGGCUGCCCUUCUCUGUGCGCACGACGUUCGUCGGCGGCACCACGCUCGACGGGUUCGAGGCCAAGCUGGUCCAGGGCGACAACGUUGUCACAUUGGAUCACGCAGGCUGCGCGGACACGCUUGAGCUGCUGAGGGAAGCCGUCGAGCAGGGCAUGGCGAUGCGCAUCACCUACUGGGGCGACGACGCGGAGACGAUGGGCUGGCUGGACGCGCCGCCCUGCCACGAAGAGAGCUGCACCGCCGGCAACACCGGGACGGCGGUCAUCAGCGAGCUGCAGGUCCUCGACGCGGGCGCGGAGCCCAUGGACGCCCCAGUGCCGACCGCACAGCCCACCACGACGCCUCGGGCGACGCGG